AGCUACAGACAGUGUUUGUUACACACCAUUUUGAGAAAUCUAAAUUUUCAUUUUCCCCCGCUUCUCUCCUAGAAAUUUCGAAUUUCUGCUUCUCUCUCUCUCUAUCAGUUUUCUCAGAUCUUAUUCCAGUUAAUAUUCCGGCGAUCUUCUUUCUCUCUUUGAUCACUUAAUUCUUCACCGGAAUCAGAGAGUCAGGGCUUUCGCACUUGUACCCGCGAGCUUUGAUUAGGAAAAGAUGAGCGACUAUAGAAGCUUCGGCAGUAACUACCAUCCAUCAAGUCAAUCUAGAAAGAUUUCUAUAGGAGUUAUGGCUGAUUCACAACCGAAAAGGAAUCUUGUGCCAGAUAAGGAUGAUGGAGAUGUUAUUGCUAGAGUAGAAAAGUUGAAAUCAGCCACCGUAACUGAAUUACAGGCGAACAAGAAAGAGAAAAGUGAUUUAGCUGCCAAGCAAAGGAAUUCAGCUCAGGUCACAGGACAUGUGACCUCACCUUGGAGGUCUCCGAGAUCGUCUCAUCGGAAAUUAGGGACUCUUGAGAGUGUUCUUUGUAAGCAAACAUCUAGUUUGUCUGGUAGCAAAGGAUUAAACAAGGGACUUAAUGGAGCACAUCAGACACCAGCUCGUGAAUCAUUUCAAAACUGUCCCAUUUCGAGUCCUCAGCACAGUCUUGGUGAGCUGAAUGGUGGCAGGAACGAUAGAGUGAUGGAUAGGAGUCCAGAGAGGAUGGAAGAACCUCCAUCUGCAGUCUUGCAGCAAAAGGUUGCCUCACAGAGAGAGAAGAUGGAUAAGCCAGGGAAGGAGACAAAUGGAACUACUGAUGUUUUGAGAUCAAAACUGUGGGAGAUAUUGGGAAAAGCUUCACCAGCAAAUAAUGAAGAUGUGAACUCUGAGACCCCAGAAGUUGAGAAGACCAACUUCAAGUUGAGUCAAGACAAGGGUUCAAAUGAUGAUCCUCUUAUUAAGCCUAGACACAAUUCAGAUUCUAUCGAAACUGAUUCUGAAAGCCCUGAAAAUGCUACCAGAAGGCCAGUAACCAGAUCUUUGUUGCAGAGGAGGGUAGGAGCCAAAGGUGUCCAGAAGAAAACCAAAGCUGGUGCCAACUUAGGUCGCAAGUGCACAGAACAAGUAAAUAGUGUAUUUUCUUUUGAGGAAGGUUUGCGCGGAAAAAUUGGCACUGCUGUGAAUUCCAGUGUUAUGCCAAAGAAACAAAGGGGUAGAAGAAAAAACACUGUUGUAAAAUGCCGUAAGGCUCAUUCUCGAAAAAAGGAUGAAGCUGAUUGGAGUCGGAAGGAGGCGAGCAAGAGCAAUACUCCACCACGUUCUGAAAGCACAGAAACUGGCAAAAGAUCUUCAUCUUCAGACAAAAAGGGAAGUUCCCAUGACCUUCAUCCACAGAGCAAAGCCCGGAAACAGAAACCAGAUAUUAGCACAAGGGAAGGAGAUUUUCAUCCAUCGCCAGAAGCUGAGGCAGCAGCUCUGCCAGAGAUGUCCCAGGGAUUAUCUAAAAAUGGCGAUAAACAUGAACGGCCGAGUAAUAUUUUCAGGGAAAAGUCUGUUGAGCCAGAAAACGAAUUCCAGAGUCCAACCUUUGGAUAUAAAGCACCAAUCUCAAGUCCUUCCCCAUGUUGUUCUCCAGAAGCAUCUCCUUUGCAACCUAGGAAUAUUAGUCCCACAUUAGAUGAGACGGAAACACCAAUAUUUAGCUUCGGUACUAAGAAAACCUCUCAAGGGACAACAGGCCAAGCGUCAGAUACAGAAAAGAGAUUGCCUGAUUUCUUGGAGAAGAAAAGAGAUUAUUCUUUCAGAAGAGAAAGUUCUCCUGAGCCAAAUGAAGAUUUAGUUCUGUCUGAUCCGUCGUCUGAUGAGCGAGACUCAGAUGGUUCAAGAGAAGAUUCACCAGUGUUAGGCCAUAACAUCAGCCCCGAAGAAAGAGAAACUGCCAAUUGGACUAAUGAGAGAUCUAUGUUAGGCCCUAGCUCAGUUAAACGGAACUCUAACCUUAAGGGCAUUGGACGUGUCGUGUUAAGUCCUCCCUCCCCUUUGUCAAAAGGGAUCGAUAAAACUGAUUCCUUCCAGCAUUGUUCAGAGAUGGAUGAGGAUGAAGAUGAAGGCUUGGGAAGGGCUGUUGCAUUGUUCGCUAUGGCUCUUCAAAACUUUGAGAGAAAACUGAAAUCUGCAGCUGAAAAGAAGUCCUCAGAAAUUAUAGCAUCAGUCUCCGAGGAGAUACAUCUGGAGUUGGAGAAUAUCAAGUCCCAUAUCAUAACAGAAGCGGGAAAGACAAGUAACCUAGCCAAAACUAAGAGAAAGCAUGCCGAAACAAGAUUACAAGGUACAUCAACACAUUAUAUCUUAAUAGUUAAUACUGUACUCGAAUUCACAGUCAUGAACAUUAAGAAAGCUUAGAAGUUCAAAUAUACUAUCUUUGCAGUUUAAUCCUGAUUCAAGGUAGUAGAUCGGAAAUUUGAUAUCAAGUAUUACUCUUUAGAUUGCAUUUAGUCUUGAAGUACUCACCAUCUUGCUUCAUUCUUGUGCUUUCAUGUCUCUUUGAUUAGACACACACACACACCUAACUAUACUUUCGGCUCUAACAUAGACAUGAAACUUGCAUUUAACAUAGUUAUAUCAAGACAAAGCUAAAUGCUCAAUUCAUUCCUAUGUGGAGAAUAAUAAAAAAUUGAGCUGUGUAUUGUUGUGGAACAUGAGAGUCUGGAAAUGUCUCCAUAUUUCCACUCAUUGAAUAAAAAUAUGCAAGAUCCGUUCUGAUCUAUUGUGUUCACUGAUAAUAUCUAAUCGUCUAACAGAGCAAGAAGAGAAAAUGAGAAUGAUCCAUGAAAAGUUCAAGGACGAUGUCAGCCAUCAUCUUGAAGAUUUUAAGAGUACUAUCGAAGAGCUUGAAGCAAACCAGUCAGAGCUGAAAGGAAGCAUAAAGAAGCAAAGAACAUCACACCAAAAACUCAUUGCACAUUUUGAAGGAGGCAUCGAGACAAAACUGGACGAUGCGACCAAAAGAAUCGAUUCUGUAAACAAGGCAAGUCAUUGUUCUGCUUCUUAAGAGUCAGAUUCUAAAAAUGGUUAAAUCAUGAAUUCAAAAGCACAACUUAAAAAUGACGUAUUGGUUUACAGUCUGCGAGAGGAAAGAUGCUGCAGCUGAAGAUGAUUGUCGCAGAAUGUUUGAGGGAUGAUUGACACUGAGUCUCACAGAAUCAAUCAACCACACGUACGUCGUUAUUCUCCAUUUUAAAACAUAAACUAGACGAACUGUGUUAACCAGGAAAGAAAAACCUCUCAAGCAAAACCAGCCUUUGGUUUAGUGGUCUCAUGAGUUCAGGCGAAUAAAGAAGAUAUAGUAGAUGAUGCUUUGACUCAUUGUCAUUGAUUCGUAUUCGUAUAGAAUAGUUUAUUGUUCACUGAACCACUACAAAACUACUUAUAUCAUAGAGCCUUAUUUUAUAUAGCAGUUUGAAGGUUUCUUUUUAAUUUAUUUUUGCCAGCAACUGCAGAUAUUUUUUAUUAAACCAACAACUUUUAAUUAGGUUAUUGAUAUCUUGAUA